AUGUCACUAAACAUUUGUCCUCAAUCAUUUGACCUCUAUGGAAAUAAUCUUAAGUUGUUGGCAGAAAGAUUGCGAAAAAAUUGGAUGCAGAAACUGUCGAAUGCUGACCAGACUGAUGAUUCCUUAACUAGUCUCACGUGGUUAUACGACGCCAAUCCAAUUUCUAUGAAUAUGGAACCGGCUCCUUAUUUUGAAAGCCAAGACCUAAACAUCUCGCCAUCCUUCGAUGACUACUGCAAUAAGUAUUCUUGCAGUAGCAAUCAACCGUAUGCAGGAAGCCUUUUAGAUCCCCAGGUUAGGAUGGAUUAUCGAACCAAAUGGACUGGAAAGCCUCCUUUCUCCUACGCUACUCUAAUCUGUUUGGCUAUGCGUGAGCUUGGCAAGCCUAAAGUAACGCUCUCGGAUAUAUACGGUUGGAUAAUGAAUAACUUUGCUUACUAUCGACAUACGGAUUCAAGUUGGCAGAACUCUGUACGUCACAACCUAUCACUAAACAAGUGUUUUGAAAAAGUUCCUCGUGACAAGGGUGAAAGAGGAAAAGGUGGCUUUUGGCGAGUUAAUCCAAGACAUAUUGAUUGGCUCGAAGCCAAUCUAGCAAAGUGUCGGCGUGCUGCACCUCCUCCUGGACCUCCACCACCGAUUCCAAGGUCCAUGUUAUUGCAACAACGUAAAAUGCAACAACAAAGUCAGUAUCAGCAAGCUCUAUUACCAAGAAGUUUAAUGUUGUCACCAUCAUCUGUUUCAGUGGGCAACUCAGUAACUACCUCUUCAUCAUUUACUGCAACCAUAUGUGUUCCUGAGUUAUCUUCUGAGUCUAUCAAAAAUCACCAAGUUUCAGCCUUAUCACCAUCUUCAAAUUCAUCCUUAUCCUCAUCUCCAUUAUCAUUUGCAUCCGUUGGUUCGCCUGCAAAUUUCCAAUCCACUAGGAUUCCUGUGGCACCGGCUCAUACUUAUCCAAACGCAGUUCAUACAGUUCUUGUGAAUCAUUGUACACUUUCGGAUAUGAAAAAACUCAUCAACUUUACCUCCAUUAUCUCUAUCUGGUAA